CGGGAUUCCAACUAGGCGCAUGCGCGAAGAAAGUUCUAGCAACGCUGAUCUCUAACCAGCUGGUCAGCAACCCUAGCCUCGCUGCUUCUUUCUCUUCACGUUUCGAGUAAAAACGGGCGUGUAUGGUACUGUGAUAAACAAAUUACAAAUCGCAGCCAUGGUACGUAUGAACGUUCUCAGUGAUGCUCUCAAAUCCAUCAACAAUGCCGAAAAGCGCGGAAAGCGACAGGUAUUGUUGAGGCCCUGCUCCAAAGUGAUUGUCAAAUUUUUGACUGUCAUGAUGAAGCAUGGAUAUAUUGGAGAGUUUGAGAUUGUGGAUGACCAUCGCAGUGGAAAGGUGGUAGUGAACCUUACUGGAAGAUUAAACAAAUGUGGAGUUAUCUCUCCAAGAUUUGACGUACCGAUCAAUGACAUUGAGAAAUGGACCAACAAUCUCUUACCUUCUCGACAGUUCGGAUAUGUUGUAUUGACUACUAGUGGAGGAAUCAUGGACCAUGAAGAAGCCAGGAGGAAACAUCUUGGAGGAAAAAUCUUAGGAUUUUUCUUUUAACUUUUUAUUUAAGUAAAUAAAGAUGUAAAAAC